UUUCACGGUCACCGUGCAAUGGCUGAGUCCACAGGAAGCGGAAGAGAGACCGGAAGUUGGCGAUAAUCAGAGACUGUGCGACCCUGUAAGCUCCAAGGGGUCCCCCCCAGUACAAACAUAGGGGCAGCAACGGGGACCCCUCCCCGAACAAGACACAGGAGCCUUCAAGAUGUCUGAGAAUCAAGGGAAUAUUCCUGUUAAUAACACCAAUGGAAACCGGGUUCGGACCCCAAAUCUUAACCAGAACCCCCUCAUCAAUGUGCGGGAUCGCCUCUUCCACGCGCUCUUCUUUAAGAUGGCAGUCACCUAUGCCCGUCUCUUCCCACCCUCGUUCCGCAGAAUUUUUGAGUUCUUUGUCCUUCUUAAGGCUCUUUUGGUGCUAUUUAUUCUUGCAUACAUCCACAUUGCAUUUUCCCGUUCUCCUAUCAACUGCUUGGAGCAUGUGCGUGAUAAAUGGCCCAGAGAUGGCAUCUUGCGGGUGGAGAUCCAGCUGAACUCAAGCCGAGCUCCUAUCUUUCUGCAGUUCUAUGACAGCGACACUUUUCCUGGACUAGUGAAAGAACCCCUGGGGGAGGAAGAUGGAGAAGAUGAGGAGGAGGAGAUGAGUGUGGAUAUGUACCACAAUAGCUCCAUCAAGUUCGAGCUGGACAUUGAGCCCAAGGUGUUUUUGAAGCCAUCACUAGAGAGGGUGACGCAAGCCUCAGAUAAUCAGAGUCAGGGGCUGUCUUUUAGUGAUGCUGCUAGUAAAGUGUGGCCACAAGAAGAGUACAUAGUCGAAUAUUCACUUGAAUAUGGAUUUCUCAGGCUAUCUCAGAGCACACGGCAGAGACUCAACAUACCUGUGAUGGUGGUGACACUUGACCCGACCCGUGACUUGUGCUUUGGAGACAGAUUUAGUCGUUUUCUACUGGAUGAAUUUCUGGGAUAUGAUGAUAUUCUCAUGUCAAGUGUCAAGGCUCUGGCAGAAAACGAGGAGAACAAAGGGUUCCUAAGAAAUGUUGUUUCAGGGGAGCAUUAUAGAUUUGUCAGUAUGUGGAUGGCUCGCACCUCAUACCUCGCUGCCUUUGUGAUCAUGGUUAUUUUUACUCUCUCGGUGUCCAUGCUCCUGAGGUAUUCUCACCAUCAGAUCUUUGUUUUUAUUGUGGAUUUGCUGCAGAUGUUGGAGAUGAAUAUGAGUAUUGCUUUUCCUGCUGCCCCGUUGCUCACUGUGAUCCUGGCACUUGUAGGAAUGGAAGCCAUUAUGUCAGAGUUUUUCAAUGAUACGACUACUGCCUUCUACAUAAUCCUCAUAGUUUGGCUUGCUGAUCAGUAUGAUGCCAUCUGCUGCCACACAAACACCAGCAAGAGACACUGGCUAAGAUUCUUCUACCUUUAUCACUUUGCAUUCUAUGCCUAUCACUACCGCUUCAAUGGUCAGUACAGCAGCCUGGCUCUGGUAACAUCCUGGCUCUUCAUCCAGCACUCUAUGAUCUAUUUUUUCCAUCACUAUGAACUUCCCGCCAUACUUCAGCAGAUCCGCAUCCAGGAAAUGCUCCUUCAAAAUCAGCAGGCUGGUCAGAAUCAAACCAGCCUUCAGGACAACCUGAAUAACAACACUACAUCGGAGCCAUCCAUUGUAACGCCUCCCCCUGCCCCCAGUUUUACUCUCCAGCCUGCGGCCUCUAGUUUAGUGGCUGCAGGUGUUAUGUCGACUGAUACCCCUUCAAGUGGCGGUGUGGCUACAGCACAACCCGUAGAAGAUGUUAUAGAGCUUCUGUCUGAGGAGCCGAUUCAGGAUACGGCUAGGAGCCAACCUCUUGAAGCUGGUACUACAGAAGUGACGCAGACUGGUGACCCGCCUCCUAUUCUGCCAACUGCUACACCUGAUAACAUUCCCAAAAAACUGACUGAGCCCCAAGUGCAAGUAGCCACAGACUGUAAUCCAGUAAGAUUUUCAGUUACCAGCACUGAUCGAGAGCAGAACAAUCUGUCGUCAGGGCUGCUCUCAGAAGCUAGUGCGCCACAGCCGAGUGCAGAGGCUGAGCAGGGGUCUGAAUUGUGAGCGGAAUCUCGGAUUCACACCGUCUGCCCUUAGCUCACUGUGUACGGGAGAAAUGCAUUUCUCCUAAGAAGGGGCUGUCUGGACCAUUUAUCUCUUUGCAACUGGAGUGACUGGUCUGCAGCGCACAAAACCAGAUUUUAAAAAAAUUGCGCAAUGCGUGAGAUGCGUUCACGCACACAGACUGACUGCAAUCGCUUUUCUUUCAUUAUUCAAUAAAAUGUGGCGUAACGGCCUAGGAAAACGUAACGUAAAUGGGUAACGGGGCUGCCGGUCUCUCUGACACACACAGUUUGUGGGCAUAUAUGUUGUGUUCACGAUUUGUAUGCACUGACAUGCACGCUGGUGUCUCCACGGGUCGAUGCAACGUGGUUCCUGUUGACAGUUUUAACAGCCAUAUUUCAGAUUGAUAGGUUUCCAGAGGCUUUAUUACAGAGGCCCUAGGGGCAAUAUAGCGUUUCAUAAUUUCACUCCACAACCACUGGACCAAGGAUGAGUGAACUUAUGCUUUCUUUAAAAAAAAAUGUCCACAGAUAUUUUCUCUCAUUUUUUUUUUUUGUUCUACUUUCACCCUGUGUGACCAGUGCUUACUUUAUUCUGAAAGCUAUGGAAUGUAAGUGCAUAAGCUGGGACAGAGGUGUUUGUGGAGGUGCCCUGGUUGUGGCAGAAGGAUAACAUGUGUGCCUUUCCACCUGUGACUGAAGAAAGAAGCUGCUCACGAAUGUGUAAAACCUGUUUUACUAUUACAUUGCACUUUUUUGUAAGUAGAAGUAUGAAGGCUAUAUACAGAUAAAGAUGACGUACGUAUAUAUGUGUGUUUAUGUUUGCAUAUGCACUUACAUAUAUAGGACAGAAAUAAGUGGCCAACAAGAUGUAUUCCCGAAGCUGCGCUCAUGAAUAAAAUUGGAUCAGCACUUCCGUCAUGGAGUCUGGUCUGAAAUGUAAUGAUUGUUCCUCAAAAAACACCAAGUGCUCUGCAACAUAAUUACUUUAUAUAUCCUUAGAAUUAUCUGAUACUGAACGUUAAAUUUCCUAGAUAGAUUUAAAAGAUAGCUUGCUGGUUGCUUGUUAACGGUUAUACACUGUAUGCAGGAAGCUCACAUGCUCCCUCUAGUGGUAGCUGCUGGCAGCCAUCAUUUUGGCCUUUUUAAAUAUAUAUCUUCAUAAGCUCUGUAUCAGGCUACAUUAAGAAAUAAGCAACAGAAGUUUGAACCUCUUAAAGGAUAUGAUGUUAAAAAGUCAACAUUCCCUUUAAAGCCACUUGUAAAUUAUACCUUUUUAUUUUUUUGGUCCUAUAUCAAUGUGUUUCUUUAAUAAGGAUUUAACACCAUUUUAUAUUUGUAUGGCUUCAGUUUGGUAGAUUCUUUUUUUUGUUUUUUUGUUUGCACCUUCUGUUUUUUUUGCUUUAACUGGUCUGGCAUAGUGCAAUAUUCUUAUUUUUACAGGACGAGUGUCAGCUGAAAUGAUCUCCUUAUACAGUCCGGGUGGAUGGACACAGUCGGCUGUCUACCGCUUAAAGUGCCAAUAUAUAUAUUUUUUUUAACACAUUUUUUUAUAAAAAUAUCAAAUGGUGUUUUCCUUUUUAAAGGAAAAUUACUGUUGGAAUACAAGCUUCAGAAUUUUAACUAAUUUGCCUUAUUAUGCAUCUUUAAAGUGUUUCUACCGUUCCAAUUAAAGGAUAAAUAACGUUUCAGAAAACUUCUGAUAUAUCAUAGAGACACUAGUAAAUUUGAUCAGUGGGAGUCUGAGCCCUGAGACCCCCACUGACCACUAGAAGCAGGGUAGAGAAACACUCGCAUAUUGUGCACACUCUCCUUGCCGCAGGAGAGCAAGCGAGACAAACUCAAUAGAAAGUCUGUGGGCCCAUUUCCAUUCUGUCUCCUAAUUCUAGCGAUCAGUGGGGGUCUUAGAACUCAGACACCCACCAAUCAAGACCUUUAGCAUCUGCCUGUCAAAAGUUUUCUAAAAGCUCAGGACUCGGGCUAAUCGAUCAACAUUACUGAAUUCUUUAUUCUUCUGUAUAUGUUAUAUCCAGACUUUGUUGCAGGUCCAUGAUUUGUGAUCUUAUAGUGGCUUCGUUUCUAUACAACAAUGGCACCAGCACUUACCAUUGCUUUGUGUUGUAGCAGAGUGUCCAGUAUAUAGCAAAACAUUGAAGUUUUAGUCAAAUAAAGUCCUGCCCCGUUUUACCUUUUUACUGGUAGUCCAAAGGCAUCUGAGAAGCCACUUCUUUGGAACAUGACUGGUAUAUGGUAGAAAGCAGCCUUUCAAAUAAGUGUCAGCCCCCGAGAAGUAUAUGAAGGCUAUUUUCUCUGGUAGGAGAAUUGUUUAAAGGCUCUACACUAAAAUAACAUUGAUGUACGUAAUACAGAGUUCCAGAUUCCUUCUCCCUCAGAAACGUGCCGAUGAGUAUUUGCCAGGAAGUCUAUUUAAGCUCUUAGAAUUUUGCAUUGCUGCCUGUUCGAAUUCUUAUUAUGCAAAAGUGGCUUCCGGACCAAUCUCUAGCUUCUCGGGGUUGAGUUCUGGCCACCAUCAUGAUACAACAUGUCAGCACUACAUGUGCAUGUACAUUUAACAAAGUUUUCCCUGCAGUGAUUGUGGCGGCAUUUGAUUUAAAGUGGAGCUAUCUGUUUGGCAAAAUAAUUUAUUCCCCAUGCAAUAACCUUGAACUCUACAUUCCAUUCAUCCGUUGUUGCUACUAGAUGUUUAUUAAAAAAAAGGUCUAGAUCGGUAUUACCAGUUGGGGGGUGUGUCCCUGCACAGUCUACAGUCCACUUGCAGCACUGAUUGGACAGUGUUGCCUUGUGCAGGGACACACCCCGAACUGGUAAGACCCAUCUGGACCUUUUAUUAAUAAAUCGAGUAGCAAUUACAGAGGAACAGCACAGUUAUAAGAAAAGAUGCUUGAGAAUAAUUGUUGCAUGGGACGUGAAAUAAUUUAUUAAUGCAGUCAGAGUUGUGACGGAUCAUCUUUAAAGUGUACCUCCUGUUAUAGAUAAAAUAAUACUCUUCAGUACCUACUAUAGUUUUCGUUUGCUGUGUAGUACAUUAGCAGAGUCUGCAUUUUUGAGCUCCAGUAGCAUAGACACCUUUGCUGCACUAUCCUGUAGCUCAGGCACCCAUGCUGCACCCUCUUGUAGCUCCAAUAGCUCAGGCACCCAUGCUGCACCCUCCUGUAGCUCCAAUAGCUCAGGCACCCAUGCUGCACCCUCCUGUAGCUCCAAUAGCUCAGGCACCCAUGCUGCACCCUCCUGUAGCUCCAAUAGCUCAGGCACCCAUGCUGCACCCUCCUGUAGCUCCAAUAGCUCAGGCACCCAUGCUGCACCCUCCUGUAGCUCCAAUAGCUCAGGCACCCAUGCUGCACCCUCCUGUAGCUCCAAUAGCUCAGGCACCCAUGCUGCACCCUCCUGUAGCUGGUAGAAAAGCUGCUGCAGUAGAGCUGUAUACUUACUAGGCAUUUGGAUCCAACAGGAAGUCUCCUUUGCAUUGCUCAGUUACGAUAGGAGAAGCACGGGAAGACUUCAUGCUGGAUUUGAAUGACUAGGAGACUUGGGGCUUGAUCUGCCGGAGCCUUUCUACCAGUUACAGGAAUAUGGGGGGAGGUCUGUGCUGCUGAUGGCUCAUGUUAAGCUACUACGUGCCAGUCUUAUAGUAAGUACUUCAGAACAUUUUUUUAAAUUUUUUAUUGGAGGUACAUGUCCAUUAUAGAAUUAGAUGCCCCUAGAACGGUUUCUGUAGAAAAUUCCAUAUUCACUACUGCCUGUAAGGGUAUGUUCUCCCAUAAAGUUUUUUUCUGUACUAAAAAAAGAGGCUGUGUAGUCUUGAAAAUUGCACAUUUUUUGAACCUGCCUAUUUCAAUGUGAAAUUUGGAUCUAGAUUCAGUGUGGAAUCUGCUCCAAGAAUGAACUUGUCACUUUUUGUUUUUUUGGCUGUAGUUUGUAAAAGCAUGAGGGGAAAAAAAACACACCCUGUAAUUUACCAUACAAUUUUCUAUUGGAAAUCGGUGAGAGGUGGAUUGCAGGCAUUUUACGUGGGGAAUCCGCACCAAAAUCCAUACAGAAAAAAACAUUGUGCGAACAUACCCAAAGAUUUUUAUUUUUUAUUUAAAGCAUGCAUUUUCUAUUGUCAUUGACUUUAAAGAGGACCUUUUACCACUUCUGACAUGUCUGUUUUACUGAGCAUC